GUGUUAUCCUAAAGCAAUGUGCUAGUAGUCAACAUCUGGAGUCAAUUAGACUUUUUUUUACAGUUGCAAACCGUCAUGUUGUCCAGCUGAGGUGCUAGAGCGUCGCCGGGCACAAUCACUGGCUGGUCUAAAUAUUUUGGAAGGGAGGGAAGAAAGAUCUCAAAGACCAGACUACCUGCUGAACUUUGCCAACAAGACAAACACGUUGGACCAUGUUGACCAUCCUGGCUGCCGGGUCUGUCUUCUUCCCAGGCCUGUUCGUGCUCUCCAAGCAAUGCCUCAAGCACAUCCCUGCACUGAGGUGGAGCGAAGGGGAUGCGGUCAUAGUGUCAGCCAGGUUGGUGUCCUCUGUUCAGGCGAUCAUGGCCUCCUCUGCUGGUUACAUCAUUGCCUCCUCCUGUGAUGACAUCAUUGAGGAUCAGCAUUGGCUCACCAGCGCCUACAUCCUCUUUGCCGUGCCCUACUUUGUGUACGACAUCUACGCCAUGUUCAUGUGCUACUGGUACAAGCUGCGCAUCAAGGGCCAUGAAGGGGACAGCGGCGCCAAACCCCUGGGUGCGGCCCUGACCAGCUACCUGCGGCGUGAAUUCCUCAUGGUACUCCACCACGUCGUCAUGGUCACCGUGUGCUUCCCCGUCUCUGUGUUCUGGCGACAGGGCAAGGGGGAUUACUUCCAAGGCGUCAUGUUCUUGGCAGAAGUCAGCACUCCGUGGGUCUGUUUGGGAAAAAUCCUCAUCCAGUACAAACAGCAACACACUCUCCUGCACAAAGUGAAUGGGGCUACUAUGCUGGUCACUUUUUUCACCUGUCGAGUCCUCCUCUUCCCUUUCCUCUACUACGCGUAUGGCAGGUACGCGUCCAUUCCCCUCCACAUGGUUCCUUUCAACGUGCCCUGGCAAGUUAACCUGGGCGCAGCUAUGCUCAUGGCCCCCCAGGUCUACUGGUUCUCCCUCAUUUGCCGAGGGGCCCUGCGACUCUUCACUGGCUCUUCCCGCUCCCGGAGGCCCCCGGUCACUGCCAAGGAUGACUUGGACGGACAGGCGCCGUCCCAGCCCGCCAAUGGGUACAGCACUCAUGCCACAGAACAAAAGUCAGACUCUCACUGAGAAGUGGGCGGGAGGGUGAGAGGUAAGGAAGGUGGGGAUAAUGUACCGGUGGGUGAAGUUGAAAGGGAAAGAAAGGUAGUGAGACUUUGAACAAGCGUAAAAAAAAAAAAAUGCUUCAAAUGGUACUGUCUUUGUUGCCAGAAUCUAUACUCAAUACCGAUAUUCUGCUUGUGCGAAUAAAGGAAUUGAAAGGAGCGUUUGCACAUUUUAACAGCACACAACAUAUGCAUCAGAAGCUAUUGUUCCCCCUGAUGCACGUUGAGAAUGGAGAGAGAUUAGCCUGAAAGAAGUAUAGCAAGUGAGAGGUAGACAGUGUCCUCGUGUAGAUCAAAUGAAAUCCUGUCUGCCUAGGAGGUAAGUUAACACAGGAGUUAGGAAUGUAUUAUACUGGUAUGUUUAGUACAUUGCUUUAGAUAGGCCUAAUUCGGCUUAGUAACAAGAAACGACCUCGCCAAGCAGUAUUUUGACUUGUUAGUAUUUAUCUGUAUCCUUUGUACUCUUAACAAAUGUGUCUAGGGUGGAAGGGAGGUAACCUAAUAAGACUAUUAUGCUGCCUUAUCUCAAUUGUUUGUGUGUGUACUACAUUUUAUUUAUUUUAAUGUGGAAUAUUUAUUUUUUCCUUGGAUUGAAAAUGUGACAAGUGUUCUUACCUUCACGUUGAUUUGGAUUGUAGUUCUGUUUCUGAUCUCCCAUUCUGUGUUUUUAUUUUUCAUCCAUUUUGAUCUCCAGUAGUUCAGGUAGCAAAUGCAUGAACCAUUUCGCCUGUUGGCAGUUAAACUCUGCCGCCUUGCAACAGUGUUAUUUUAUUCAGUGUAGAGAAUGUAAUUUUGAGGAACAAAAUGAAUGGCCAAUUUUGUGGGCCUUUGGGUUUCUAUGCCCUACUUGGGUCCUUAACUUUUGACUGAGUGGUAAUUGAAGCAUAUUAGGUAAAUGAGUUAGUGCCAGUGCAACAACAAAAAAGCAGCCCUAUUUAUUACACAUACUGUCAUUCAUUGGCUGACGUUACACAAGUAUUCUGCCCAAGAAUAUUUAAUAAAAAAUCAAAAACGUGUUUUAUUAUCACUGCUGUAAUUAGUGAAUUGCAUAAAUCGACCAGAAUAGAAUCAAUACACUGUCUUGGUAGCAUUUAGUAUAGGUUGACCUUUCUAAAGCUCUUGAAACUGCUUUAGGAGUCUGUUUCCACUUCUUCAGUUUCUUAUUUGUACUGAGCAAAUUUAAUUGAGCCACUGGUUUCAGGAGCAUUAUUCACUCAGAAAACAUAACUAUACUUUCCUGAAUAUGGAAAUAAAAUACUAGGAAAACAAACAGCCCAGUAACCUUGGAUGCAAGAAAGAUGGGACAAUAACAUCUAGACGGCGAUAAACUAUACCUUUGUUCUAUUGGUUAAUGGUUCUUGCCAUUGGGGGAAAAAUGCUUUUAAACUGAUUUACUGUAUAUGCUUAUUUUAUUUAUUUGUGGUUUUGAAUUGAAUGCAUAUUUAUGCAUACGUAUUAAUGUACCGUAUAAACUUCUGAGCCUUAUGUGAAGGCUAUAUUGUUAACUCAUAGCUAAAAUAUACUCCUCUGUUCUGAA